GGGGCCCCGGCGCCCCCCGAGCGAGGGCGGCCCGCCCGCGGCUCGCCGUUUGACAGAUGCUCAUCGCCAUGGAGUUGCCGCAGCAGCACCUCUGGGGGCUCGGGCGAGCGACGGGAGCCGGGAUCUGAGCGAGCGCCGGGGCCAGCGGAGCCGGAGCCGCCGGGACAUGGUUGCAGAUCUGACCUCUUCUGAACACGUGGCCGUGUCUCCAUCCCUGGGACUCUGAACCCAGCAGCUGGACCACUUUGUCCUUGGGAUUUUGGGUGUCCUCUCUUCUCACCUUUCCCUUGUCCCCUCUUCCCUCCUACCUCCUGAGAACUCCUGAAGACUGUAGGAUUGUCAUGGAGUCCAGGGAAAUCUUAAGCAGCUCCCGGCAAAGGGGGGACGAAUCCGAAUUUCUGCCUGUCUCCUCGGCCAAGCCCCCAACUGCUCCUGGCUGUGCAGGAGAACCUUUGCUCUCUGCUCCAGGAACUGGGAAGGGGAUCCCAGUGGGCGGAGAACGCAUGGAGCCAGAGGAGGAGGAUGAACUGGGCUCAGGGCGGGAUGUGGAUUCCAACUCAAAUGCAGACAGCGAGAAAUGGGUUGCAGGAGAUGGCCUGGAAGAACAAGAAUUCUCUAUCAAGGAGGCAAACUUCACAGAGGGAAGUCUGAAGCUGAAGAUUCAGACCACCAAGCGGGCUAAGAAACCCCCAAAGAAUCUGGAGAACUAUAUAUGCCCACCUGAGAUCAAGAUCACCAUUAAGCAAUCUGGCGACCAGAAGGUGUCCCGUGCUGGGAAAAAUAGCAAAGCCACGAAGGAGGAGGAAAGAAGCCACUCCAAAAAGAAGCUCCUCUCAGCCAGUGACCUUGCAGCCAGCGACCUCAAAGGAUUUCAGCCACAGGCUUACGAGCGGCCACAGAAACAUUCAAAUCUCCACUAUGACCCAGGCCUCCCACAGGACGUCACCAGUGACACCUUAAAACCAAAGCACCAGCAAAAAAGCAGCAGCCAGAACCACAUGGACUGGUCCACCAACUCUGACAGUGGACCUGCCACUCAGAAUUGUUUCAUCAGUCCAGAGUCUGGCAGAGAAACUGCAAGCACCAGCAAGAUCCCUGCUCUUGAGCCCAUGGCUUCCUUUGCAAAGGCCCAGGGUAAGAAAGGCAGUGCAGGGAGCACAUGGAGUCAGUUGUCCAACAGCAGCAAAGAUCUGCUCUUGGGAGGUGUGGUCCCAUCCCCGGGCAGCCACAGCUCACCAGCUGCACCUAGCAGCUCUGCAGAGUGCAACGGGCUUCAACCUUUGGUAGAUCAAGAUGGAGGAGUUGCAAAGGAGCCCCCAGAACCACCUACUCUAGGCAGCAAGAAAAAGUCCAGUAAAAAAGAUGUGAUAAGUCAGACCAUAUCAAAUCCAGACCUGGACUGGGUCAAGAAUGCUCAGAAAGCAUUUGACAAUACAGAAGGGAAAAGGGAAGGCUACCCCGCAGAUAACGCCCAAGAGGCAUCACCAGCCAGGCAGGGUGUGAGUUCUAUCAGUAAUCAAAAUGACUCGAGUCAUGUCCGGAUUACUAUCCCUAUCAAAGCACCCUGUCUAGAUCCAACCAGCCAUAAGAGGAAAAAGAGACAGUCCAUCAAAGCAGUGGUGGAAAAGAUCAUGCCAGAGAAAGCCCUGGCUUCUGGAAUCACUAUGAGCAGUGAAGUGGUUAACAGGAUACUUUCUAACACUGAGGGAAACAAGAAAGAUCCCCGUGUCCCUAAGUUGAGUAAAAUGAUGGAGAGCGAGUCCCCCUCAGUUGGCCUUGAAACAGGUGGAAAUGCCGAGAAAGUCAUUCCUGGAGGUGUGUCUAAGCAGAGGAAGCCACCCAUGAUCAUGACGCCUCCGACAUGCACGGAUCACUCUCCCUCGAGAAAGCUGCCGGAAAUCCAGCAUCCCAAAUUUGCCGCAAAACGGAGGUGGACAUGCAGCAAACCAAAGCCCACCAGUAUGCUUCGGGAGGCAGUCAUGGCCACCUCUGAUAAACUGAUGGUGGAACCGCCGUCUGCCUACCCCAUCACCCCAUCCAGCCCUCUGUACACCAACACAGACAGUCUUACUGUGAUCACACCGGUCAAGAAGAAGCGGGGGCGGCCAAAGAAGCAGCCCCUGCUCACGGUUGAGACGAUUCACGAGGGGACUUCCACCAGUCCUGUCAGCCCCAUCAGCCGGGAGUUCCCUGGCACAAAGAAAAGAAAGAGGCGACGCAGCCUAGCCAAGUUGGCCCAACUAGUGCCGGGAGAGGACAAGCCUAUAAGUGAGAUGAAAUUUCACAAAAAAGUUGGAAAGCUUGGGGUGUUGGAUAAGAAGACCAUCAAAACCAUCAAUAAGAUGAAAACACUCAAGAGGAAAAAUAUCUUGAACCAGAUCUUGUCCUGCUCCAGCAGCAUUGCCCUGAAGGCUAAAGCUCCCCCUGAGACCAGCCCUGGGGCAGCGGCAAUUGAGAGCAAGUUGGGCAAGCAGAUUAAUGUCAGCAAGAGGGGAACCAUCUACAUUGGCAAGAAGCGGGGUAGGAAGCCGAGAGCAGAGCUGCCACCCGCGUCCGAGGAACCCAAAACAGCCAUCAAGCACCCCAGGCCUGUCCCUGGCCAGCCGGAUGUCCCAGCCGUGCCUUCCAACUUUCAGUCUCUUGUGGCAUCUUCACCAGCAGCCAUGCACCCACUUGCCACACAGUUAGGUGGGUCCAAUGGCAACCUGAGCCCCGCCAGCACUGAAACCAACUUUUCCGAGUUGAAAACUAUGCCAAAUCUCCAGCCCAUCAGUGCUCUUCCAACCAAAACCCAGAAGGGAAUCCAUGGUGGAGCCUGGAAGCUGUCUCCGCCCAGGCUGAUGGCCAACUCACCCUCCCACCUUUGCGAGAUUGGGUCACUCAAGGAAAUCACGCUGUCACCUGUGAGUGAGUCGCACAGCGAGGAGACGAUCCCGAGUGACAGCGGCAUCGGGACAGACAACAACAGCACGUCUGACCAAGCGGAGAAGAGUUCAGAAUCCCGACGGAGGUACUCUUUUGAUUUCUGCUCCCUGGACAACCCGGAGACCCUUCCGUCUGACACCAGCACAAAGACCCGGCACGGCCACCGGCAGAAGCAUCUCAUGGUGGACAACUUCCUGGCCCACGAGAGCCUCAAGAAGCCAAAGCACAAGAGGAAACGGAAAAGCCUGCAAAAUCGUGAUGAUCUCCAGUUUCUGGCAGACCUGGAAGAGCUCAUCACCAAGUUCCAGGUGUUCAGGAUCUCCCACCGGAGUUACACCUUCUACCACGAGAAUCCGUAUCCCAGCAUUUUUCGGAUUAAUUUUGAUCACUAUUACCCGGUGCCAUAUAUCCAGUAUGACCCGUUGCUCUAUCUUCGUAGGACUUCAGACUUGAAGUCAAAGAAGAAGCGUGGUAGGCCUGCAAAAACCAAUGACACCAUGACAAAGGUGCCUUUUUUACAAGGGUUCAGCUACCCUAUUCCCAGUGGAAGUUACUAUGCACCCUAUGGAAUGCCUUACACAUCAAUGCCUAUGAUGAACCUUGGUUAUUACAGUCAGUACCCAGCUCCCUUGUACCUGUCGCACACACUAGGAGCGGCAUCCCCAUUCAUGAGGCCAACGGUGCCACCACCUCAGUUCCACACAAGCUCCCACGUGAAGAUGUCUGGUACGGCUAAGCAUAAAGCAAAGCAUGGGGUCCACCUGCAGGGACCUGUCGCCAUGGGCCUCGGUGACAUACAGCCAUCCCUGAAUCCUCCCAAGGCUGGCAGUACCAGUCUGUCCGGCGGUCGGCUCCACAAGAGAAAACACAAACACAAGCAUAAGCACAAGGAAGACCGGAUCUUAGGGACCCAUGACAACCUGAGUGGUCUCUUCGCAGGCAAAGCCACAGGCUUCUCCAGCCACAUCCUGAGCGAGCGACUGAGUAGUGCAGACAAGGAGCUCCCGUUAGUGAGCGAGAAGAAUAAGCAUAAAGAGAAGCAGAAGCACCAGCAUAGUGAAGCCGGCCACAAAGCCUCUAAGAACAACUUUGAGGUGGACACCCUGUCUACACUGUCACUUUCUGAUGCCCAGCAUUGGACACAGGCCAAGGACAAAGGUGACUUGAGCAGUGAGCCUGCAGACUCGUGCACAAAAAGGUACUCUGGCAGUGGUGGGGAUGGUGGCAGCACCAGAUCCGAGAGCCUGGACGUGUUCAGUGACAUGAACCCUUCGAAUGACAAGUGGGACAGUGACAUGAGCGGGAGUAAAAGGAGGAGCUACGAAGGCUUUGGGACAUACAGGGAAAAGGACAUUCAGGCCUUCAAGAUGAACCGCAAGGAGAGAAGUUCUUACGACUCCUCCCUGUCUCCAGGGAUGCCAAGUCCCCACCUAAAAGUGGACCAAACGGCACCACAUAGUAAGAACGAGGGCUCUGCGUCCACCAUGAUGACCAGGAAGAAGCCAGCCACAGUGGACAGCGUGGCAAUCCCACCGAGCCCGGUGUUAUCACUCCUUGCUGCAUCUGCAGCCACGUCUGAUGCAGCCAGCUCCUCCCUGAAGAAGCGAUUCAAGCGGCGCGAGAUCGAGGCCAUCCAGUGCGAGGUGCGCAAGAUGUGCAACUACACCAAGAUCCUGUCCACCAAGAAGAACCUGGACCACGUGAACAAGAUCCUGAAGGCCAAGCGGCUGCAGAGACAAUCAAAGACAGGCAACAACUUCGUCAAGAAGAGGAGGGGCCGUCCCCGCAAGCAGCCCACCCCGUUCGACGAGGACUCCAGGGACCAAAUGCCGGUGCUGGAAAAAUGUAUCGACCUGCCCAGCAAGCGCGGGCAGAAGCCGAGCCUGAGCCCGCUCGCGCUGGAGCCGGCGGCCGCCCAGGACACGAUCAUGGCCACCAUCGAGGCGGUCAUCCACAUGGCCCGGGAGGCGCCGCCCCUGCCGCCGCCGCCGCCGCCGCCCCUGCCCCCGCCGCCCCCGCCGCCGCCGCCGCCGCCGCCGCCGCUGCCCAAGGCCCCCCGAGGAGGCGGCAAGCGGAAACACAAACCCCCGCCUCCGGCGCAGCCCCCGCAGCAGCCGCCCCCGCAGCCGCCCCUGCCCCCGGAGGACGAGGUGAAGGCCAAGCGGCAGAGGAAGUCCCGAGGGAGCGAGAGCGAGGGCCUCCCCUAGGGUGGGGAGGGCCCACACGCCGGCGGUGCCGUGAGCCGGGGCGGGGGCCGCCCCCCGCGCCGCAGGGACGCCGACGCCCUCCUCUCGGGACGCCCGGGGUCGAGCCCUCCGGUGCUCUCGGGAGGGCCGAGCAGGGGGCCGCCGGCCGGAGCCGCGCGUCCGCGCCCCACCGCCGCACCGCGGCCCCGACCGCGCGCGCGGCGGCUGGACCCUCCGCGGGGGAGGAGACAGCGGGCGGC